AGCCGCCUUACGUGCAAACACUAAAAUGCUUGGCCCUAUCGUUAGGCCGCCUUGCGCGCGCACGCUCGCGGAUGCCAUCCGCCGUUUCGCAUCAUCAACAGGUCAAUCGACAGCGACAAUUAAUUUCAAUAAUGAUACUCAAGAUGCCUUAGUUAACAGCUUGAUUAAGCAGGAAUUGGUGCGCAGUCCCCGCGUAGAGGCCGUGCUACGAGCAUUGGACAGGCGUGACUUCACCUCCACACAUAUGGGCAUUCCAGCGCACGUUAGCUACUCGGACAGCCAAGUCCCCAUCGGCCAGGGCCAGUCCAUCUCCGCCCCCUCGCUGCACGCCAUCUGCCUGGGCCUGCUGGAGGGUCACGUGGGCCCAGGGGCGGCAGUGCUGGAUGUUGGAGCAGGUUCUGGCUACCUGACUGCCUGCUUCUCGCUGCUGGUGGGGCCGGCGGGGCGAGUGGCGGCGCUGGAGCGGCAUGAGCGCUUAGUGGAGCAGGCGGGUUGGGCGCUGGCAUGCAGCCUGUCUGCCCACGUGGGCGACAUGCAACCGACCCAUGGGUCACCCGGGGCGCAAGAGCGCGACACGCACUCGUCCCAACCACAGCAGCUGGGCUCGCAAGGGGUGCAGCGGACGGGGGUUAGCAGCGGCGGGCGGCUAGUGGUACGGCUGCACAAUGUGGAGAUGUACCAUGGCAAUGUGCUGGAUGACGCGGCGUUGGAGGCAGUAGGCGCCUGCGGCCCCUUCCACGCCAUACACGUGGGUGCCGCGGCGCGGGAGGUGCCGGGCGGGCUGCUGGCGCUGCUGCGGCCGGGGGGGCGCAUGGUGCUGCCGCUGGGGCCGCCGGUGGCCAUGCAGGCCCUCACAGUGAUCGACAAGGCGGCUGACGGCAGCAUCAGCAGCAGCCGGGUGCGGGAUGUGAAGCUGCCGCCGCUGGUGCCGCCCAAUGCGGAGAGGCCGCUGUGAUUCGGGGCAGGGCAAACGGAACGCGGCGGCUCCUGCGGUGGCUACGAAGCCCUGGUUCCAGGGGAGCGUGUUUCUGUUGUCCAGUGUUGACAGUGAAAGCGGGAGUAGUGUCGUGGUUUGGGGUGGCAAGUAGGGCAUGGAGAUUUGCAUGGUGGUGUAGGUGCUGAGGGUUGGAAUGAUGGGGGCUGCCAGCGUUUCCUGUGGCCCUUGCAUACGUGGCGCACGAUGGUUCCAGUGCUGUGAUCUCUGUCCAGAUUGCUGCUGCCUUUUAGCUGUAACUAGCGGUACGGCAGCCGUCACUGCUUCAGAGGCGGCUGUCGAAGGCUGGCUGAGCAAGCUGCCAGUCACGGAUGCUGCAUUGGAAGCCACGCCGACGUAGUGCAAAUGCUUAACCAUCCGAUCUUGAAUACCAUCACCAGUCGCGCAGGUUAUCGACUUGGACAGGAGGACCGACACAACCUCCGAACGUCCGAAGAUAAAGUCGUGGUGCUGGCAAAGCGCAAAAGAAAGCCGCUAACGCUUACGGCUGCCUGUCUGGUGUCUGUAAGCACCUUUGAUAAGUCGUUAAGCUGCUCCUUGCUUAGCUUGUCGAGCUCCAGCUGCGG